AGCAGGUACUUCCUGUUGUGAGAGCGGUUAGCAGCAGCUCACCGUCCGUUCAGCAGCCGAAUCAGGAGUUUAUCACCUCGGAAGGAUGAGUCUGACUCUGUGAGCUGAGACAGGAAGUCAUGGACCAGCUGCUGUCAGGAGGCUCCUCAGACCCCGACAGUCCUGGAGGUCUGAACCGGGGCUGCCUGCUCGACCCCAGCGAGGAGCUGUACCACGACCUGUCCGUCAUCGUCCCGGAAACGCCCAGUCCUCAGCUCGGCAGGCGGAGGAGACGCAGUCAUGUGACGGAGGAGCGGCUCAGACCUACGUCCUGUCACCAGGUGUCGGCCUCGCCUGAACCCCAUCAGCUGUUUCCACGGAAACGGCGGCGGCUGGCGGCAGAGCACGGCUUCGUUCCUGCUUCAUCGCUCACUGUGUUUCCUCUGAACACCUGGCUGGAGGCUCCCUGCUCCUCCUCCUCCUCCUGCUCCUCCUCCUCCUCCUCCUGCUCCUCCUCUUCCUCCUCCUGCUCCUCUUCCUCCUCCUCCUCCUCCUCCUCCUACCUCACACCUGUAUCACAGCAGGAAGUGGAGGCAGUGGCGAGCUCCUCAGGAGAAGCUGGCUCUGGUUGUUUCAGCCAGAGGAGACGUCAGACAUCUCCUCCUCCUGCGUCUCCUCCUGCGUCUCCUCCUGGCUCCGGCUCUCUGUCCUUCCUCACUGAGGAGGAGAGGAGGUGGCUCAGCGGCGAGCAGGGAAGAACGUCAGCAGCCGCCGAUCAGAUCAUCAUCAGCGACGAUGACGAAGCCGCCGUCCGCUCGGCUCAGGAGGAAGAAGACGAGGCGUUCGCUCGGAGUCUGCAGGCUCAAUUUGAUGAAGAACAGAGAGAAACUCCUCUUCAUCAUCUUCAUCAUCAUCAGAGCCAACACACGUAUCAGGCCUACAGCUGGAUGCCGGACCUGCUGGCUGCCGUCACUCCGCUGGUUGAUGGCGAUCUGAUUGGUCCAAACAGGCGGCGUGGGCGGGGCCGGAGGAGGAACGGCUUCCCCGACCUAUCAGACGACGUCCAGGGAAACGACUACGAGGCUCUGCUGGACUUCGAGCAGCGUCAGGGUUCUGUAGUAAACAGGAAGUUGAGUCGCAGACAGAUUCAGAGAUUUCCCACCAAGGACUUCCUGUCGGCCGGCGGCGGGAACACACAGUGUCAGAUCUGUUUCUGUGACUACGCUGACGGAGAGAAGCUGAGGAUGUUGCCCUGUUUCCAUGACUACCACGUAAAGUGUAUCGACCGAUGGCUGAAGGAUAACACCACCUGUCCGAUCUGCAGAGCUGACCUGGCUGACCUCUGACCUCAGACCUUUGACCUCAGCGGAUGAAGAUCAACUCGUUAAUUUGUCUGUUUUUUGUUUUUUUUUAAAUUUUGUGUAAUUUUAAAUGUUUUGCUGCUGAAAUAAAAACCUGUUUUC